AUGUUCAAACGCUCCAUCAUUCAACAGUCUCGCCUGUUCUCUAAUUCUGCUUCUAAAUUGGGCAAAAAAGUGUUCUUUGACCCCGCUGUCAAUGGAGCCAAAAUUGGCAGAAUAGAAUUCGAAUUAUAUGAUAACGUGGUUCCUAAGACUGCUGAAAAUUUUAGGGCCUUGUGUACCGGCGAAAAGGGCUGGGGCUACAAAGGUGUUCCUUUCCAUAGAGUUAUUCCAGAUUUCAUGAUUCAAGGUGGUGACACUGAUUUGACCAACGGUUUUGGGGGCAAAUCCAUUUAUGGUAACAAGUUCGCUGAUGAAAACUUUGUCAAGAAGCACGACAAAGCUGGUUUACUCUCUAUGGCAAAUGCCGGCCCAAACACUAAUGGAUCCCAAUUCUUCAUUACCACUGUGCCUUGUUCAUGGUUAGAUGGAAAACACGUUGUCUUUGGUGAAGUGACAAAAGGUAUGGAUAUUGUCAAAACAAUUGAAUCCUACGGCACUGCUUCUGGAAAGCCAAGAGCUGAAAUUGUUAUUGAGGAAGCUGGUGAGUUAUGA